UUCUCCUUUUUUUCUCCAAUUUCUCUCUCUCUAAAUCCCCUCAUCCAAACACAACCCAACACCCCCAUAUUUCCAUUUCAAUUUUUCUCUCUCCAGAAAUCAACCAUGGCGGCGCAGCAAAGAGAGAAAGAAGAAACCGAGCUCAAAGUUCCAGAUUCCAUUAAUCCUUUAUGCUCUCAAACCCUACCUACACCUGCGCCGCCACCACCUCCGCCGCCACACCCCUCCGUUACAACUAGGUCAGAAAAUAUCUCAGAUCUCAACCUUUCCGGUUCAAACGAAUCCAGAUCUACCGAUCUACCUGAAAGGAUAGAUCUAAAGCUAUCGAAAUCUAGCUCCGAUAUUAUAGAUCUGAAGUUUUCUAGUACAUACGAAUCGAAAUCUAAGAUUUCCUGUAACUCAUCUGAGAGGAUAGAUCUGAAGCUUUUCAGUACAAGUGAAUCGAAACCUAGCUCUGAUAUAUUAGAUCUGAAGUUUUCUAGUACAUACGAAGCGAGAUCCACGUCAGCAAAGUCACAGGAAAAUACAGUGAUUGGUAGAAAAAGGCAGAGAGAAGUGAAUAGGUGUUGUGGAAUAGGUUGCAGGAGGAAAGUUGGAUUGAUUCCAUUCAGGUGCAGAUGUGGUGAAGUUUUUUGCUCAGAGCAUAGGUAUUCAGAUCGACAUGAUUGUAGUUAUGAUUACAAAGCAGCAGGUCGUGAAGCUAUUGCUAGAGAAAAUCCAGUUGUUAAAGCUGCUAAAAUUCUCAAGGUCUAAAAAAGUUGGUGGGGGUGUUGUGGUGGAAAUGAAGGGUUGGGGGUGUUGUGUUGUAAAUUUGAGGAAAGAUGAGGGGUAUUGUUGUUAUUUUAAAGUUAUUUAAAUAAGAUAGCGGGUAAUUUGUUUUUGCUUUUUUUUUUUUUUUUUUUUUUUCUUUGUCCUUAGUGCUGCCUUGUAUUUGUGCCAUUUCGACACAGAAAAUUAUUUUUAAAAGACUUUUUAUUUUAAUUGCAAAGAUUAGUUGACUAUUAAAUGAAGUAAUCCCUUCAUUCUAAUUUAUAUGAGGGUAUUAUAUCAAUUUAUGUGAA